AUGAUUUUGACUCUACUAAACACUGUGGAAAGUACCACUGCAAAGUACAAAAUUUACGAGGAGGAGGCUCUGGGAACGGAGAUUGGAAAUCUGUCACGGGAUUUUAAUAUCAAUCCUGCUGAGGAUACUCAAACAAGUUUCCGCUUUAUGGAACAGGCGAACUCAUCCAUGAUUCACGUCAGCCAGACCGACGGACUUUUAACUGUUAGAGAGGUUAUUGACCGGGAGCAGCUCUGCCCUGGGGCACUUCGGUGCCAUAUAAACUUCGAUAUUGUAAUCUUCUACAAGGAAAAGUAUCAACUGAUCCACGUUGAGAUCGAGGUUAAAGACAUCAAUGACAACUCGCCGCAGUUUCCGCACAGCGAAACGUAUCUCGAAAUUUCCGAGAGCGCACCUGUGGGCUCACGAAUCCCUUUGGACAUUGCAGUCGACCAAGAUGUCGGCAGUAACUACAUCCAAAGUUACCAGGUGUCGUCUAACAUCCAUUUUGGCAUUGAUGUGUGGGCCGGGGAAGACGGAAUAAAACACGCCGAACUUGUAUUAUUACAAGGAUUGGAUAGAGAAGUACAGGAGUUUUAUACAAUCCUAGUGUCCGCUGCGGAUGGAGGAAGCCCGCCCAGGUCGGGUUCAGUGACCGCUCAUAUCAAGGUACUGGAUUCCAAUGAUAACACUCCAACAUUCGAGCACAGCUCCCUCAAAGUCGAGGUCCACGAGGAUGCACCUGUGGGGUUUCUUCUGUUGAAUGUGCAUGCGACUGACCCUGACGAAGGUAUUAAUGGGGAGGUCGUGUACGGAUUUGUCGAAGAAUCAUCCCCUGAGAUAAACCGCUUGUUUCAAAUUGACCCUUUUUCCGGCGCCCUGAUCUUAAAAGCGUCGGUUGAUUUUGAGGACAGGGGGUCAUUUGAACUGAACAUCAAGGCCUAUGAUUUAGGAGUAAAUUCAGUCUCGGCUAAAUGUAAAGUUAUUGUAGAAGUAGUAGAUGUAAAUGACAACGCACCAGAAAUUAGCAUCAAACCGAUGACUUCAAUGAGUGACGGGAUCGCUUACAUCACUGAGGGAGCAGCUGAGGAGAGUUUUGUGGCUUUGAUCAGGACCUCGGACAGAGAUUCCGGUUUAAAUGGGGAAGUGCGCACCAGCUUGCAAGGGCACGAGCAUUUCAAACUCCAGCAGGCAUACGGUGAUGCCUUUAUGAUUGUAACCACCACAACCUUGGACAGGGAGAAAAUUCCAGAAUACAAUUUGACCGUGAUAGCUGAAGAUCGAGGAUCCGCACCGUUCAAAACCGUAAAACAGUACACCAUUAGAGUGAGUGACGAGAACGACAACGCCCCCCUUUUCAGCAAGUCAGUGUAUGAAGUUUCUGUAAUCGAAAACAAUGUACCCGGGUCAUAUGUUACGACUGUCGUAGCACGUGAUCUUGAUGUGGAUGACAAUGGCAAAGUCAUGUACAAACUCGUGGAAAGAGAAGAGCCUGGGGACAUGCCGUUAUCGGCAUUUUUCUCUGUAAACCCUCUUUCAGGGUCUUUAUAUGCUGUGAGAUCAUUUGAUUACGAAUUAGUAAAGCUUAUUGAAGUGAACAUUCAGGCAACCGACAGAGGUUUUCCUCAACUGUCCAGCACAGCCACAAUAAGAAUCAGAAUUGUUGAUCAAAAUGACAACUCGCCAUACAUUACAUACCCAGUUUUACACAGUGACUCGGCAGAUGUGCCGAUACCGUAUAAUGCACCUUCUGGUUACCGUGUUCUUCAGGUCAAGGCUCUCGAUGCCGAUGAUGGCGUGAACGGUGAGCUCACGUUCCAAAUUUUAGAAGAUACACAAGAACUUUUUCACAUCGACAAAGACAGUGGGGACAUUGUUUUAAAACACGACCUUCGAUUCGUGUGUGGAGAGAUAUUGAAAAUUAAGAUUGCGGUCAGUGACAAAGGGAGGUCGCCGCUCUCGAGGGUCGCCACUGUCCGUUUCUUAGUCACAGAGAUGCAGCCCAUUGAAGAUGUGAUUAUAGAUGUACAGCAGUCAAAUGACGAGGAGCGUUGGAGCUUGGAUAUCUCCUUCAUAAUUAUUGUCAUGCUCGGCGGGGGUUGCGCGCUGUUACUCAUUGCAAUUGUGAAUGUCGCUUUCUCCUGGAAGCACAACAAAAAAGAGAGGUACAUAGGCAAGACAGAUUCGACCUCUGGGCUUUUUGAAAAGAGCCCCCGACUGAAGCGCAACCUAGAAGAUCCAGAUGUCUUCACUGAGACUGGUCUGACCGGUCUGGUCAACGUCCAAACUGAUCCAUGUCUCGAUGGCUCGACUUGCCUUUCCGAGGACAGCAGAGACUCGGAGACUGAGGUUAUCCUUCCUUCUAAGUCUUUUGAACCAGAGAGCCGUUGCAUUAAACCUUUUGGAACAGAAUCUCUUUGGCAAGUUGGCAAAUACAGUUCACAACUGAGGUAA